AUGGAGAACUCAACACAAUUCACGUCAUUUAUACUAGCUGGAUAUAGUGACAGUGGACACUUAAAGUACUUCUAUUUCAUUCUAAUAACUGUGUUAUACGUCUCCAUAGUUUUUACGAACACAGUGCUUAUUGUGGUUAUAUGUAUGGAGAGAAGCCUUCAUGAACCCAUGUAUCUGUUUCUGUGCAGUUUGUUUGUGAAUGAGUUGUAUGGGAGCACUGCUUUGUUUCCUGCUCUUAUGACUCAUUUGGUUUCAGAUGCCCAUUCAGUUUCCACUGUGUACUGUUACCUACAGAUGUUUUGUAUAUACACAUAUGGAUCUAUUGAAUUCAGCAAUUUAGCGGUCAUGUCCUAUGACAGGUACCUUGCUAUAUGUUAUCCACUACAGUAUAAUGUCGUCAUGACACAAAACAGGGUGUGUAUUUUAGUUUGUAUAAUAUGGUUGUACUCUUUUGUAAAAUUCAUCAUAACACUGUCUUUAACUAUUCGUUUGAAAUUGUGUGGGAACGUUAUAGACAAAGUGUACUGUGACAACUACCUGGUAGUGAAACUUGCUUGUUCAACUUCAGACACUACAGUUAAUAACAUCUAUGGACUCUACGGUGUUGUUUUGUCUGUCGCCGUCCCUUUAAUUACUAUUUUGUUUUCUUAUAUUAAGAUUCUGUCUAUUUGUUUGAAAUCUUCCAUUGAGACCAGACAGAAAGCUUUCAGCACCUGUACUCCUCACCUGGCCUCGCUGCUCAACUUCUCUUUCGGCUGUUUCUUAAAUCUGCUCCAGAGUAGAUUUGAUAGGCCUAUGAGAAAUGUUCCAACUGUACUUCACACUAUUUUAUCAGUGUACUUUCUGAUGUGCCAGCCACUUUUUAAUCCUCUUGUGUAUGGAGUUAGGAUGGCUAAAAUCAGACAGGCUUGUAAAAACAUACUACCUGUGGGUCUGUACCCUAAAACAUAA